AUGGCUUCCCUGAUAGCUCAACCGGGUCGUCUCCACACUUUUCUGUUCUGUGAGCUGAUCGCGACAGCCCCCACGGAAUCGCAGCGCCGGCCUGGGCCAGAGACGGAAGGAGACAGCAGAGGAAGACGCCACCGAUACGCUGACCGCCCCGUCGAGGCCAGUUCGCCGGCCUCACCCUUCCCGCAGACUCCGCCUUCCCCGCCCGCGAGGGACCCGGCGCCGGCGGUGGCCAAGGCGGCGGAGACUCGGAGGCGCGGGGCGAGCCGUGACUCAGAGCCGGCCCUGGGCGCAAUCUGGUGGCGAAGACGCCCGACCUGGAGCGCCUGGCGCACCGAGGGGAGCCCCGCGGCGAGCCUGGGCGCUCCCCACCGCACCGCCCCCCUCCAAGACAAGAGCCUUUUCUCCAAGUCUUCGGGCCGCGCACUCCUAGGUUCUCUGCGUGGCCGCAGGCGAGCGGGCGCAGGAAUGCGCGGUGUAGGUGGAGCCCAGGGCAGACCGCGUGAAGAGUCCCCGUGGGGGUCGCUGCUGGGACAAGUGGGCGACUCGCGCGGGUUCUGCGGCCCGGCGGUACUUAGUUACCGGACCAAGGACAGAACCUGCACCCUUGGCAGUGAGAGCGCGGAGUCCUAACCACUGGACCGCCAGGAAAUUGGUGGGGAAAUGUUUUUUAAAUACAUGAAGUCAUGCUGUGCUUUAAAAAAUAAAAAUUAAAAAUAUACUG